AACUCAGAGAGGUGUGCGCCCUACAUCCAAUAAUACAUCACUCACUGUAUACUGGGUAACCAUGGAAACAGCGUGCUGUGUUGUAGCCGCCUGGCAAGUGUGCAAAUAAAUGUCUUCUGUGUUUUUCUGAGCAAAUGUCUGGCAUGGAUAGAGGGACGAAGACACACACACACACACACACCUCAGGGCUGAUGGUAUCUGUCCUUAAGACGUAUAUCUGUCUUUGUGUGGUUGUGUUAGUGUGUGUGUGUGUGUGUGACAGGCAAGAAUGAGCUGAGCAGUUUAUUCACAGCAUGCCGGAGUGUUUCUGUCAGGCGGAUGAUGAAGUGCUUGAAGCUGGGAUCAGAUAUCUGUGGUGUUUAAGUUCGCUUUCUGUCUUUCUGUGGGUCAUUCAUGCAGACCUGCAGGAGCGAGAGCAGACGGAUGAGGCCUGGAGAUUUGCACUCUUACUGUCGUCGAUGCCUUAUGGAGAGAACGUGAUGGAGGAGCACUGAGGAGGAAAGUUAAUGAAAUAAAGAAACCAUCAGACACAUUUAUUUAGCUGCAGACCAGAACGAUGUUGUCUCCCGAGCAGGAUCUGCUAAAACCCGUCAAAUACGGCGAGCUCAUCGUCCUCGGCUACAACGGCUCCCUGCCGAACGGAGACCGGGGACGAAGGAAGAGCCGAUUCGCUCUUUUUAAGAGGCCGAAAGCCAAUGGAGUCAAACCCAGCACCGUCCACAGCACAUGCAGCGCUCAGACCGCCAGGGCCAUCAGCAAUAAACUCCAGCACAGUGUCUCAUAUACUCUGUCCAGAACACAGACGGUGGUUGUGGAGUACACACACGACAGCACCACCGACAUGUUUCAGAUCGGCCGCUCCACAGAAAGCCCUAUAGAUUUCGUGGUGAUGGACACGGGGGCGGGCUGUAAAGCUAACAGUGAUACGCUGACGUCUCAGAGCACUAUAUCGCGGUUUGCCUGUCGGAUUGUGUGUCAGAGAGCACCGCCGUACACCGCGCACAUCUACGCUGCAGGCUUCGACUCGUCUAAAAGCAUCUUCCUUGGGGAGAAAGCAGCGAAAUGGUGGUGCUCUGAUAGUCAGAUGGACGGACUGACCACGAACGGUGUGUUAGUGAUGCGACCGCGACACGGAUUCACCUGCGAGUCCAAACCGGGACCCUGGAGAGAGAUUUCAGUCUGUGGAAACGUCUUCACGCUCAGAGAGACGCGCUCUGCCCAGAAACGUGGCAAACUGGUUGAACACGAGUGUCACGAGCUGACCGACGGCACUUUAAUCGACCUGUGUGGAGCGACGCUGCUGUGGCGUUCGGCGGAGGGUCUGUCCCGCACGCCAUCCCUCAAGCAGCUGGAGGAGCUGCGUCGCGAGCUGAACGCGGCCCGGCCCCAGUGUCCCGUCGGCCUGCACACGCUGGCCUUCCCCAGCCUGCAGCGCUCCAUCAGGACAUCCAGCCUGCAGCACCAGCCCUGGGUGUACCUGCGCUGCGGACACGUGCACGGAUACCACGCCUGGAGGGGGCGCCGGCGGGUCAGCAAACACGGCUCCACCGAGGAGGAGGAGGAGAACGAGGACCAGAUGGAGGUGCAGGAGGGCGAGCGGGAGAUGGUGGAGGGUGAGAGGGAGUGCCCGCUGUGCCGAACGCGAGGCUUGUAUGUGCCGCUGAAGCUAGGCCGCGAGUCAGGCCUUUAUCUGGACGGUGCUCCACCAACGCACGCCUUUAACCCCUGUGGACACGUAUGCUCAGAGCGGACGGCGGCCUUCUGGAGCGAUCUGCUGCUGCCGCACGGCGCACACGGCUUUCACAACGCCUGUCCCUUCUGUGUGAGGCCGCUGGCGCGGGAUAUGAAGUGUGUGAGACUGAUCUUUCAGGGGCCGCUGGACUGAAUGUGUGUUCUGAGACUGAUUUUUAGUGCUGAUUUUUUUAUUCGACAAGCCAUCAACUGUUCAGAGUCUUCAAAUUACAUUAAAGAAAAUUAUGAAUUGAACAUACACACCGCAUGAAAGGGUUUUCACACAUUUUCAUUAGCCUUAAUGCUUUAUAGCUUAAAAUACACAAUACAAAAAUGUCCUAUUUCGCUUAUACUCUGUUCCAAAAGUAUGUACUUUUAAUGAAGAAAAAAUGACAUGCUUUUGAGUGUAUAACAGAAUAGUGUGCAAGCUUUCGGACAAAAGUGUCCGCCAUGUUUGUAUUUUGUUUACAUUUUUUCUCUAAGUUUGUAGUUCUAAUCGAAUUCACGUCCACCGCGCAGUGUAUUGUGGGCAAUAUUAGUGAUUAUCGCACAGACGCUUCUACACUUCGAAUUUUUAACAGAAGUAGUAGAGCAUGCAGGAAUCUUUCUCGUACACUUUUUUUUUUAGCAUACUACGGUUUGGGACCGUAGUAUGCUAAUUUUACUUUCCAAUACUACUUAGGACGGACAGUAUGUGGAUUGGGAUGCAGCAGAGGUUUUCACAUUAGGAAUGUUUCUGUUAGCCUGCAAAUUGCACAAAUCAAAAUUGCAAAAUGAAAAUACACAAUACAAAAACAAGAGAUUUUUUACAAAAGAAAUGUUUCCUGAGUCUUCAUGGAGCGCAUGUGUCCAUUCUGUGUGAGCCCGCUGGAGGGAGAUAUGAAGUGCGUGAGACUGUAUUUGAAGAUUUUUUUUAACAAGCCAUCAGUUCAGAUUCUUCAAAUUGCACAAAAUGAAGUUACGUAUUGAAAAUGGUUUUACACUAAGAACGUUUCAGUUAGCCAUCAAACUGCGCAAAUUGAAUUUUGCUAAUUGAAAAUUAUGCAAUACAAUAAGAGGUUUCAUGCUAGUAAUGUUUUGUUGAAAUCGUGAAUUAAAAAUAGGCAAUACAAAAAAGGUUUUUUACAGUGCGAACAUGUCAGAGCAAACUGAAGUUGCUAAAAAUACACAAUGCAAAAAAAAAAGAAUUUCACAUUUGUGUUUGCCUUAAAAUUGCCCAAAUUAAAAUUCCAAAUUGGAAAAUACACAAUACAAAAAGGGUGUUUUUUUACACUUAGAGCAUUUUCAUUAGUCUUCAAAUUACCACUGACAUUGAGAAUUUAAAAUAUCCAAUACAAAAAGAGGUUUUUACACUAGGAACGUUUCUGUUCGCGCAAAUUUAAAAAAACGAAUUGAAAAUGCACAAUACAAAAAAAUAAUUGUUUUACGAGGAAUGUUGCUGUUAACCUUAAACUUUAAAUAAAACAAAUUGAAAAUAGGCAAUGCAGAAAAGGGUUUUUACACAACGAGCAAUUCAAAGCGAACUGAAGUUGCGACUUAAAAUACACGAUACUAAAAAGAAUACAAAGGAACAUUUUUGUUACUUUUCAAAUUGCGGUAAUUGAAAUUGUGAAUUGAAAAUAGGCAAUACAAAAAAAGGGUUUUUACACUACACGCAUUUCAGAGCAAACUAAAAUUGCAAUUUAAAAUACUAAAUACUAAGAGGUUUUCACACUGGGAUUGUUUUUGUUUGCAUUUCAAAUUGCGCACAUUUAAAAAAGAAUAAAAAUAUUCAAAACAAAAAGAGGUUUCGCACUAGGAACGUUUUCAUUAGCCUUCAAAUUGCGUAAAUUAAAAUUGCGAAAAACUGCAAUACUAAAAAAGGUUUCACACUUGGAACGUUUCUGUUAACCUUAAAAUUGUGCAAAUUGAAAUCACGAAUUGAAAAUGCACAAUAAAAAAGAUUUUUUAACACUAAAAGCAUUAUCGUCGGUCUUCAGAUUGCGUAAGUUAAAAUCGCGAAUUGGACAACUGCAAUACAAAGAGAGGUUUCACACUUGGAACGUUUCUGUUAACCUUAAAAUUAAAAUUAAUAAAAAAUUAAUUGAAAAUUUGCAAUACAAAAAUGAGAUUUUAUACUUUGUACGUUUCAGAGCAAACUGAAAAUACGAAUUAAAAUACAGAAUACAAAACAGGUUUUUUACAUCAGGAACAUUACUUUUAAUCUUUAAAUUACUCAAAUUGAAAUGGCAAAUUGAAAAUACACAAUACAAAAAGGGUUUUUUAAACUAGGAGCAUUUUCAUUAGUCUUCAAACUGCAUAAGUUAAAAUUGUGAAUUGAAAAUAUGCAAUAUAAAAAGAGGUUUCAUACUAGGAACAUUGUUGUUACAGCCUUUAAAUUGCGCAAAAAAAAACCUAACAAAUUAAAAAUAUGCAAAAUAAAAAAGGGUUUUGCACUUUGAACGUUUCAGAGCAUAUAUACUGAAAUUGCGAAAUGAAAAUAUGCAAGACAAAAAAGGGUUUGCAUUACUGUUCCAUUAUAUAACACUGUUUCCAUUAAGUCUUCAUGGAGCGCACAGAUUUUACCCGGACUUUCGUGGGAGAUAUGAAGUGUGUGAGACUGAUCUUUCUGGGGCCGCUGGACUAACCGGGGGCUUGUUUGUGCAUCUGAGAAUGUAUUUUAGGAUAUUCGGUUCAGAUUCUACAAAUUGUGCAUAUGGAAAUUACGAAUAAAAAAGGAGAUUUUCACACUAGGAACAUUUCUCUUAGCUGAAAAAGUUUAAAAAAGUGACCUUUAUGAACAUUUUUAAUAGUUUGCAGUGCUAUAUUGUCUGGGUUUGUGUUGUAUAUUAUGCUACAGAAAUCUUGUAAUAAACUGCUGCACAUUUCUGUGUUUUUACAGACUUUAUUUCCCUAUAUAUGGUUUCUUAUACAUUAUAUUAUGACAAAUGACUAAAAUGUCAGUAAAAGUCACUUUGCUAAACUGCAGAGUUGAAUUUUCAACAUAAAAAGUGGACAGAACAGAGAUUAACAUCCCAUAAUGCAAUUCACAACUUUAAAUAAACAUUUGUGAAUCACAAACUACAGAAUCUCUUAAUUAACAGAUAUAUUUUUACAGUGCACCACUUUGUACCUUUAUUUCUGAAAGUGAAGGAACUAUUGAUGACAAUAAUGAACUUAUAUUUUGAGUGUUUGUUGUGCUUUCAGUAGGUUACUGUUUAAAGUCUCUCUGCUUUAGCCUCCUGCUGCUCGUGCCUUACAAAUAACAAACUCUGAUGCUGUUUAACAUGUUGGGAAUCUGUGUGAAACACUUUGAUGGGUGUGAAAACCUGCUUAAUCAGUUCUUCUGCAUCACUUUCCUUUCACUUGUGCUGGUUUCAAUUCAGACCGCAGUAGAUUAUCACCUCAGAAAGCCAAUGAUUUUCAUCAGCAGUGAGUUUGAGAUGAGGUUACUAUAAUAUAUUAUACUAUAUUUUAUUUCAUUAUUAAAAUUGUUGUUGUUGCAUUUUCUCGGAAAUGUUUUUGUAUUAUUCUCAAGGAAUAAAAUUACUGCAAAAAAC